GAUUUUCACUGAGUGUCUGUUGUGUGCUUGGUUUACCUUAAGGCUCAGUCAACAGGAAGGCAGUCUCAGUUUGACUCCAACUGGAACUUUCUGCAAAACCACCAUAAAGAGGUGCCAGGAAAUUCACAAAAAUGCCGGCGCAGGAAAGCAGUAACUCGUGGGGGAUAGUUGCUGGGGUGUCCCUUGAACAAUCAAAUGAAACCAUUACAAUAUACCAAGCUUACAAGAAGCGCUUGCUGAAACAAGGAACAUGUUUGGCACUGUUAGAAGCCCAAGCUGCGACUGGAGGAAUCAUCGAUCCAAUAAAUAACAGGAGGCUUUCUGUCGACAAAGCAGUCAAAGAAGGGAUUGUAGGACAGGAAAUUAAAGAGAAGCUUCUGUUUGCAGAGAAGGCCACCGAGGGCUAUGCAGAUCCUUACACCAACCAACCAAUCUCACUAUUUCAAGCCAUGCAGAAGGACACGAUCCCAAAAGAAUAUGCCAUUAGAUUAUUACAAGCACAGAUCUCUGCUAAAAGUGUCUAUGACCCUAUUGAAAAAUGCUACUUAACAGAAGAUCAGGCGUAUGAGAGAGGUCACUAUGAAAAAGAUCUAUUCAAAGACCAAACAGAUGCUCUAAAUGUCUUCUAUGACCCAAACUCCCAGGAAAACCUCACCUAUCCAUUACUGAUAAAGAAAUGCACCAUAGCCCCAGAAACAGGCUUACUGCUGUUCCCAAUAUACGUCACAUUCAAAGGCCUUCGCAGAGGCGUAACCUCCAACGAGCUCCUGUCAUCAAAAGUAAUUGACCAACAGACGUAUGAGGAUCUGCAAAAGGGCAAAAAGUCCACCCAGGAUGUGAUGUUAAUGGAAACAGUGAAAGAAUAUCUAGAAGGUAAAGGGAGCAUUGGGGGAGUAGCUGUGCUCUCCUGUAAUAAGAAAAUGAGCAUAUAUCAGGCAAUGCAACAAGGAAUAAUCAUGCCUGGUUCUGCACUGAUCCUGCUGGAAGCGCAAGCUGCAACCGGAUACAUGAUCGAUCCAGUAGAAAACAAGAAGUUGAGCGUUGAUGAUGCUAUUAAACAAAAACUUGUAGGACCAGAGUACCAUGCAAAAUUGCUUGCAGCAGAACGCGGAGUCACUGGUUACAAGGAUCCAUACACUGGUGACAUAAUUACCCUUUUUCAAGCUCUAAAUAAGGAACUGAUUGUGAAGGAGCAUGGGAUCCGUUUGCUUGAGGCACAGAUUGCAACUGGUGGAAUUAUUGAUCCUAUAAACAGCCACAGAAUUCCAGUGGAUGUAGCUUAUAAGCGUGGUUUCUUCAAUGAGGAGAUGAACACCAUCCUUGAGGAUUCUGGAGAUGACAGUAAAGGAUACUUCGACCCAAACACAAAGGAAAACCUUACAUAUCUGCAACUGUUGGAUCGCUGUGUCAUUGACCCCUCUACAGGACUUACAUUGCUGCCCAUUGAGGAUAAGUCAGGCAGUCUGAUUCACACAUUCAUUGGCUAUGACAUCAAAAAAAUCUUUAAGGGUGUGAUGGUAAAAGUAACAUGUGGCAAGUACAUGGGAAUGACUGUUUCACUCUGGGAGUUACUUAUGUCUGAAUACUUUACUGAAGAGCAAAGGCAAGAUAUCAUCCAGCAAUACAGAAACGGAGUACUCACAAUUGAGGUUAUAAUCACCAAAGUCCUGGAGAUGAUUGAACUUUCAGUGAAAAAAGCCAACGUGGUUUUCGAAGGAAUAAGAGAAAAGGUGAGCGCAAACCAGCUUUUCGAGGCGGACAUCAUCACUAAGAAUGACCUCGAAGAUCUGAAACAAGGAAAAACGACUGUAAAAGAAGUUACAGAGAAUGAAGCCAUUCAAUCAUACCUACAAGGUAAACAAAGCAUCGCUGGUGUGCUGCUUCCAGACUCCCAAAUAAUGUCAAUUUACCAAGCCAAACAAAAAGGAAUUCUGAGACCGGGAACCUCACUUAUUCUUCUGGAAGCCCAAGCAGCAACAGGAUUCAUCAUUGAUCCAAUUGCUAACCGAAAGUUCUCAGUAAGUGAAGCUCUAAAGGCACGUGUAGUAGGGGCAGAUCUACAUGCAAAACUCUGCUCAGCAGAGAAGGCAGUGACAGGUUACCUUGAUCCUUAUACUGACCAAAAAAUCUCACUGUUCCAGGCAAUGCAGAAAGAUUUAAUUGUGAAAGAUCAUGGCAUACGCCUCCUAGAGGCCCAGAUCGCCACAGGCGGUAUUAUUGAUCCCAUAAACAGCCAUCGCAUUCCAGUUCACAUUGCUUACAAGCGGGGAUACUUUGAUACAGAAAUUAAUCAGAUUCUCAGUGAUCCAACUGAUGACACAAAAGGAUUCUUUGACCCAAACACUCAUGAAAAUCUUACUUAUAUGCAGUUAAUAUCCAGAUGUGUCACUGACCAAAGAACAGGCCUUUGCCUUUUGCCAAUCAAAAAGAAAGACAUGAGAAUCAAGAUAGAGGACAGCACCAAAGAUACAUUCCAAACCACGUACAUCACUGUGAGAUAUGGCAGAUUCAGCAACAAAAAAGUGACACUUUGGGAUCUCAUUAACUCUGAAUAUUUAUUCGAGGAGAAAAGGCAAGAGCUGAUCAAACGAUACAAGUCAAAAACAAUAACAAUUGAAGAAAUUAUUAGAGUAAUCAUUGAGAUCAUUGAGAGCAAGGAAGUACAAAGAAAUGUUGAUCUCCAGGUGGAUGGUCUCAGGGGAAAAGUCUCCAUUUUGGAGCUGCUGAAUUUGAGAAUAAUAGAUGAGAAAACCUACAAAGAUGUGCUCGAGGGAAGGUUAACAAUCAAAGAUCUUCUUGAGAGAACCACGGUGAAGCAUUUCCUGAGUGGAACAAGCAGCGUAGCAGGUGUAAUAGUUCAAACAUCCAACCAGAAAAUGACCAUCUAUCAAGCUCAAAGACAGGGACUUCUUACAAGUGGAACCGCCUUGUGUCUUCUUGAAGCACAGGCCGCCACUGGGUUUAUUAUUGAUCCGAUGCAGAACAAGAAACUCACUACUGAAGAGGCCUUGAAGCAGAAAGUCAUUCCUCCAGAGUUUUAUGAAAAACUGCUGUCUGCCGAGAAAGCUGUGACUGGUUACAAAGACCCAUACACUGGCAAGAAAAUAUCCCUUUUUGAAGCCAUUAAGAAAGAUCUCAUUGUAAAACAGCAUGGCAUACAUCUGCUGGAAGCCCAGAUUGCUACAGGUGGCAUCAUAGAUCCCAUAACAUGUUUACAUUUGCCACUUGAAGUUGCUUUUAAGAAGGGUUAUUUUGAUGCUGAACUAAACCAGAUUCUUGCUGAUCCAACUGAUGACAACAAAGGAUUUUUCGAUCCAACCACAAAAGAAAACCUGACCUACAUGGAGAUGAUGACACGAUGCAUCAAGGAUUCUGAUACUGGCCUUUACCUUUUUCCUCUUGCAGAAAAAGGGAAAACACAAGAAAAAACACAACCCAUUCUCUCAGAUGAGGAUAUUAAGGAACACUUUGUGAAAAAUAAAGUUGUGAUUACUGUUGGUCGUUUCUCUGGAAAAUCUCCAUCUCUUUGGGAGGUCAUUCACUCUGCAUACUUUACUGAUGAACAGAGGCAACAGUACUUUGAACAAUACCGUUUGGGCAAGACAAGUAUCAAGGAUGUUAACACAGUGGUUAUCACAACUAUCCAAAAACUGGAACAGAAAGUAGCAACACAAACAACAAUGGGCAUAAGAAAACCUGUUUCUGCGCAACAGCUAUAUGACUCUGGAAUCAUUGAAACCAAUACUUUCAAGGAUCUGCAAGAUGGAAAGGCAAAACUAGAAGAUGUGGUUAAACUUGAAUCUGUACAAAGGUAUUUGAAAGGCACUGUAAGUAUUGCAGGAGUAAAGCUUCACCCAUCAGGAAAAGUCUUAAGUUUAUAUAUGGCAAAAACUGAAGGCUUACUCAGCUCGGAUGUGGCACUUAUGUUGCUUGAGGCUCAGGCAGCAACUGGAUAUGUUAUUGACCCAAUCAGAAAGGAAUAUCAUACAGUUGUGGAGGCUGCCAAAGUUCAAACUAUUGGACCAGAACUAUUAGAGCACUUACUCUUGGCUGAACGUGCAGUCACUGGAUUCACAGACCCAUACACAGAUGAGCAAAUAUGCUUAUAUGAAGCUAUGAAAAAAGGUAUCAUCCCUCAAAACCAUGGACUCAAUCUGUUAGAUGCACAGCUUGCCACGGGGGGAAUUAUUGAUCCAGUUGGAAGCUACCGAAUGCCUAUUCAGAAGGCAAUACUGCAGGGGUUCUUGGAUUCGCAAACCAUAGAGCUUCUGGAAAAUCCAAGUGGAUAUGACAAAGAAUUUUCAGACCCAAACACAAAAGAACCUCUUACGUUCAAAGACCUCAUAAAGAAAUGUGUAAAGGAUUCAACAGGCCUGAUACUGCUCCCUGUAACUGAAAAAAGUGUUGAAAGCUCAACCCACAGUGAUGAACAAAUAGUGCAUGUCUUCAAGGAGAAAUCUGUGAUCAUCAAUGCCGGGAAGUUUGAAGGCAAACGUGUUUCACUUUGGGAUGUGCUACACUCGGAGUACAUAUCUGCAGGGAAAAGGAAAGAGUUACUUGACCAAUACAAACACAAAAAACUGACAAUAGAAGAGAUAACAGAAAUGGUCACAGCACUGAUAAUUGAAGCAACUACAAAAAAACAUUCAUUUAAAGGUUUGAGAAGACAAGUAUCAGCAAGUGAACUGUACGAAUCAAAAAUCAUCUCAAAAGAAAUGUUUGGCAUGCUUAUCAAUGAUGAAGUAGAUGAUGAAGAUGUUGAUAAAAUGGAAUCGAUUAAAAAAUACCUUGGAGCAACAAACAGCAUUGCUGGUGUAUUUGUCCAAUCUACCAAACAGACCAUGAGCAUCUAUGAGGCCAAAAAUAGGGGACUUCUGACUCCUGGAACAUCUCUGGUUUUGCUCGAGGCUCAGGCCGCCACUGGCUUCAUGAUCGACCCAGUGAGAAACAAGAAACUGUCAGUAGAGCAGGCGGUAGCUGAAGGGACAGUUGGGAUGGAAUGGAGAAGUAAACUGCUCUCUGCAGAGCGGGCAGUGACUGGCUACACAGACCCCAAUGAUGGGAAAAUAAUUUCAUUGUUCCAAGCCUUGAAAAAAGAUCUCAUCGUUAAGGACCAUGGCAUUCGUCUUCUAGAAGCUCAGAUCGCUACUGGAGGCAUCAUUGAUCCUGUGCACAGCCAUCGGGUUCCUGUGGAGGUGGCGUACCAAAGGGGAUACUUUGAUGAGGAGAUGAACAAGAUCCUUUCUGAUUCAGAUGACGACACCAAGGGCUUCUUUGAUCCCAACACGCAAGAAAACCUCACGUACUUGCAGCUUGUGGAGAGAUGUGUUAAAGACCAAAACACUGGCUUGAGCCUCCUCGUCAUUGUGAAAAAAGGCGAGUACUAUUUCUUCAUAGAUGAACAUACAAAGAACAUCCUCAAGUCUACAACCACAAAUCAAGCAGGAGGCAAAUUCAAAGGGGAGAUGGUUUCUCUCUGGGAUCUGCUCUACUCUAGCUACAUUUCUGAGGAAAAGAGAAGAGAUCUGGUACAGCAGUACAAAUCAGGCACAAUAACUAUUGAACAAUUCUUAGAAAUUGUUCUGACACUGAUGUCACAAAAAACAGAAACAACCACCGCAACCACGACCACCACCACAACAACUGAGACAAUCCAAAAGACCAACUUCCAAGGUAUCAGAAAGGACGUGAGUGCUGACGAGAUGUUUAAUUCCCAAAUCAUUACUAAGAAAAUAUAUGAAGAGUUGACAUCUGGAAAAAUCACAGUUGAUCAUGUGAGUGAAAUGGAGUCUGUGCAAAAAUACCUGCAGGGAACAAACAGCAUUGCUGGUGUAUUUGUCCAGUCCACAAAACAGACCAUGAGCAUCUAUGAGGCCAAAAAUAAAGGACUUCUGACUCCUGGAACAUCUCUGGUUUUGCUCGAGGCUCAGGCCGCCACUGGCUUCAUGAUCGACCCAGUGAGAAACAAGAAACUGUCAGUAGAGCAGGCGGCAGCUGAACGUUUAGUUGGGACUGAAAUGAAAAACAAAUUGCUCUCUGCAGAGCGUGCAGUCACUGGUUACACAGACCCAAAUGAUGGGGAAAUUAUCUCAUUGUUUCAAGCCUUGAAAAAAGAUCUCAUCGUCAAGGACCAUGGCAUUCGUCUUCUAGAAGCUCAGAUCGCUACUGGAGGCAUCAUUGAUCCUGUGCACAGCCAUCGGGUUCCUGUGCAGGUGGCGUACCAAAGAGGAUACUUCGAUGAGGAGAUGAACAAGAUCCUUUCUGAUCCAGAUGACGACACCAAGGGCUUCUUUGAUCCAAACACGCAAGAAAACCUCACAUACUUGCAGCUCAUAGAGCGGUGUAUUAAAGACCCAAACACUGGCUUGAGCCUCCUCGUCAUUGUGAAAAAAGGCGAGUACUAUUUCUUCAUAGAUGAACAUACAAAGAACAUCCUCAAGUCUACAACCACAAAUCAAGCAGGAGGCAAAUUCAAAGGGGAGAUGGUUUCUCUCUGGGAUCUGCUCUACUCUAGCUACAUUUCUGAGGAAAAGAGAAGAGAUCUGGUACAGCAGUACAAAUCAGGCACAAUAACUAUUGAACAAUUCUUAGAAAUUGUUCUGACACUGAUGUCACAAAAAACAGAAACAACCACCGCAACCACGACCACCACCACAACAACUGAGACAAUCCAAAAGACCAACUUCCAAGGUAUCAGAAAGGACGUGAGUGCUGACGAGAUGUUUAAUUCCCAAAUCAUUACUAAGAAAAUAUAUGAAGAGUUGACAUCUGGAAAAAUCACAGUUGAUCAUGUGAGUGAAAUGGAGUCUGUGCAAAAAUACCUGCAGGGAACAAACAGCAUUGCUGGUGUAUUUGUCCAGUCCACAAAACAGACCAUGAGCAUCUAUGAGGCCAAAAAUAAAGGACUUCUGACUCCUGGAACAUCUCUGGUUUUGCUCGAGGCUCAGGCCGCCACUGGCUUCAUGAUCGACCCAGUGAGAAACAAGAAACUGUCAGUAGAGCAGGCGGCAGCUGAACGUUUAGUUGGGACUGAAAUGAAAAACAAAUUGCUCUCUGCAGAGCGUGCAGUCACUGGUUACACAGACCCAAAUGAUGGGGAAAUUAUCUCAUUGUUUCAAGCCUUGAAAAAAGAUCUCAUCGUCAAGGACCAUGGCAUUCGUCUUCUAGAAGCUCAGAUCGCUACUGGAGGCAUCAUUGAUCCUGUGCACAGCCAUCGGGUUCCUGUGCAGGUGGCGUACCAAAGAGGAUACUUCGAUGAGGAGAUGAACAAGAUCCUUUCUGAUCCAGAUGACGACACCAAGGGCUUCUUUGAUCCAAACACGCAAGAAAACCUCACAUACUUGCAGCUCAUAGAGCGGUGUAUUAAAGACCCAAACACUGGCUUGAGCCUCCUCGUCAUUGUGAAAAAAGGCGAGUACUAUUUCUUCAUAGAUGAACAUACAAAGAACAUCCUCAAGUCUACAACCACAAAUCAAGCAGGAGGCAAAUUCAAAGGGGAGAUGGUUUCUCUCUGGGAUCUGCUCUACUCUAGCUACAUUUCUGAGGAAAAGAGAAGAGAUCUGGUACAGCAGUACAAAUCAGGCACAAUAACUAUUGAACAAUUCUUAGAAAUUGUUCUGACACUGAUGUCACAAAAAACAGAAACAACCACCGCAACCACGACCACCACCACAACAACUGAGACAAUCCAAAAGACCAACUUCCAAGGUAUCAGAAAGGACGUGAGUGCUGACGAGAUGUUUAAUUCCCAAAUCAUUACUAAGAAAAUAUAUGAAGAGUUGACAUCUGGAAAAAUCACAGUUGAUCAUGUGAGUGAAAUGGAGUCUGUGCAAAAAUACCUGCAGGGAACAAACAGCAUUGCUGGUGUAUUUGUCCAGUCCACAAAACAGACCAUGAGCAUCUAUGAGGCCAAAAAUAAAGGACUUCUGACUCCUGGAACAUCUCUGGUUUUGCUCGAGGCUCAGGCCGCCACUGGCUUCAUGAUCGACCCAGUGAGAAACAAGAAACUGUCAGUAGAGCAGGCGGCAGCUGAACGUUUAGUUGGGACUGAAAUGAAAAACAAAUUGCUCUCUGCAGAGCGUGCAGUCACUGGUUACACAGACCCAAAUGAUGGGGAAAUUAUCUCAUUGUUUCAAGCCUUGAAAAAAGAUCUCAUCGUCAAGGACCAUGGCAUUCGUCUUCUAGAAGCUCAGAUCGCUACUGGAGGCAUCAUUGAUCCUGUGCACAGCCAUCGGGUUCCUGUGCAGGUGGCGUACCAAAGAGGAUACUUCGAUGAGGAGAUGAACAAGAUCCUUUCUGAUCCAGAUGACGACACCAAGGGCUUCUUUGAUCCAAACACGCAAGAAAACCUCACAUACUUGCAGCUCAUAGAGCGGUGUAUUAAAGACCCAAACACUGGCUUGAGCCUCCUCGUCAUUGUGAAAAAAGGCGAGUACUAUUUCUUCAUAGAUGAACAUACAAAGAACAUCCUCAAGUCUACAACCACAAAUCAAGCAGGAGGCAAAUUCAAAGGGGAGAUGGUUUCUCUCUGGGAUCUGCUCUACUCUAGCUACAUUUCUGAGGAAAAGAGAAGAGAUCUGGUACAGCAGUACAAAUCAGGCACAAUAACUAUUGAACAAUUCUUAGAAAUUGUUCUGACACUGAUGUCACAAAAAACAGAAACAACCACCGCAACCACGACCACCACCACAACAACUGAGACAAUCCAAAAGACCAACUUCCAAGGUAUCAGAAAGGACGUGAGUGCUGACGAGAUGUUUAAUUCCCAAAUCAUUACUAAGAAAAUAUAUGAAGAGUUGACAUCUGGAAAAAUCACAGUUGAUCAUGUGAGUGAAAUGGAGUCUGUGCAAAAAUACCUGCAGGGAACAAACAGCAUUGCUGGUGUAUUUGUCCAGUCCACAAAACAGACCAUGAGCAUCUAUGAGGCCAAAAAUAAAGGACUUCUGACUCCUGGAACAUCUCUGGUUUUGCUCGAGGCUCAGGCCGCCACUGGCUUCAUGAUCGACCCAGUGAGAAACAAGAAACUGUCAGUAGAGCAGGCGGCAGCUGAACGUUUAGUUGGGACUGAAAUGAAAAACAAAUUGCUCUCUGCAGAGCGUGCAGUCACUGGUUACACAGACCCAAAUGAUGGGGAAAUUAUCUCAUUGUUUCAAGCCUUGAAAAAAGAUCUCAUCGUCAAGGACCAUGGCAUUCGUCUUCUAGAAGCUCAGAUCGCUACUGGAGGCAUCAUUGAUCCUGUGCACAGCCAUCGGGUUCCUGUGCAGGUGGCGUACCAAAGAGGAUACUUCGAUGAGGAGAUGAACAAGAUCCUUUCUGAUCCAGAUGACGACACCAAGGGCUUCUUUGAUCCAAACACGCAAGAAAACCUCACAUACUUGCAGCUCAUAGAGCGGUGUAUUAAAGACCCAAACACUGGCUUGAGCCUCCUCGUCAUUGUGAAAAAAGGCGAGUACUAUUUCUUCAUAGAUGAACAUACAAAGAACAUCCUCAAGUCUACAACCACAAAUCAAGCAGGAGGCAAAUUCAAAGGGGAGAUGGUUUCUCUCUGGGAUCUGCUCUACUCUAGCUACAUUUCUGAGGAAAAGAGAAGAGAUCUGGUACAGCAGUACAAAUCAGGCACAAUAACUAUUGAACAAUUCUUAGAAAUUGUUCUGACACUGAUGUCACAAAAAACAGAAACAACCACCGCAACCACGACCACCACCACAACAACUGAGACAAUCCAAAAGACCAACUUCCAAGGUAUCAGAAAGGACGUGAGUGCUGACGAGAUGUUUAAUUCCCAAAUCAUUACUAAGAAAAUAUAUGAAGAGUUGACAUCUGGAAAAAUCACAGUUGAUCAUGUGAGUGAAAUGGAGUCUGUGCAAAAAUACCUGCAGGGAACAAACAGCAUUGCUGGUGUAUUUGUCCAGUCCACAAAACAGACCAUGAGCAUCUAUGAGGCCAAAAAUAAAGGACUUCUGACUCCUGGAACAUCUCUGGUUUUGCUCGAGGCUCAGGCCGCCACUGGCUUCAUGAUCGACCCAGUGAGAAACAAGAAACUGUCAGUAGAGCAGGCGGCAGCUGAACGUUUAGUUGGGACUGAAAUGAAAAACAAAUUGCUCUCUGCAGAGCGUGCAGUCACUGGUUACACAGACCCAAAUGAUGGGGAAAUUAUCUCAUUGUUUCAAGCCUUGAAAAAAGAUCUCAUCGUCAAGGACCAUGGCAUUCGUCUUCUAGAAGCUCAGAUCGCUACUGGAGGCAUCAUUGAUCCUGUGCACAGCCAUCGGGUUCCUGUGCAGGUGGCGUACCAAAGAGGAUUCUUUGAUGAGGAGAUGAACAAGAUCCUUUCUGAUCCAGAUGAUGACACCAAGGGCUUCUUUGAUCCAAACACGCAAGAAAACCUCACAUACUUGCAGCUCAUAGAGCGGUGUAUUAAAGACCCAAACACUGGUCUUUGUCUGCUUGCUUUAAAAAAGUAGGUUUACGAUUUGAUGCAACAAGCCACGCAUCUAAUGAGUAAUUCAGUACAUUGUAUUAUAUACCUUGUUUUAAUAACUAUAUCAUGCUGUGUAUACAGUAUUUGCUUUGUGGUCAAAGCUAUUUUUUGGGUAACUAGAAUCACAAAUUAACACGUUUCUACCUUUUGUUUCUAUACACCGAAGACUGUAAUGGUCAUUAAAUGUAUUAUGCAAAAACAUGUUUUAAAAGUUAUGUACUCUUGUUAAAUGUAGCAUUAAAGCCGAAAAAUAAAGCUGAAAUAUAUAAUUUUGAUGUUAGUUUACUUUACCUAUGUAAAGAUAGUGUUUUAUUAAAUGCGAUUUGUUUACAUGUAAAUUCAUAACAUUCAUUUCAUGUAAGCAUAUGAACAUGAAAAAAAACAUAGUUUACAAGAUUAAUAAGAGUAGACAAAUAUUUGAAGAGUUUGGUUCCAAAAUGAGAUAACUCCAUUUUUAAGAAUUUUCAAAAAUCAUGUUUUUUAUUAUGUUAUCGUGUUUUUAUUGUGUUUUAUUGUGUUAGUUAGCUGUAUUUUUUAAGUUAUUAUGGCUGAAAUCAAAACCAACCAACUGCAGUUUGAUUGAUAUUAAUUGGAAUGCACUGUAAAAAAAAACAUGAUUUUUGAAGAAUUUGAAAAACGAAGUUACCUCAUUUUGGAACCAAACUCUUCAUUUAUGAAAACACAUUUCAAAACUAACUGUGAAGUGACUUUCUAUCUACUAAAACCCAAUAAAAUUUACAUCAAAAAGUACAUUUGGGAAACAACCGAAUAAAACAGCAGUUUUCUUCAAUACAUACAUCUGAAUUUCUCCAA